AAUUAAUUUUCUAUCCACUUUUUAAGGAUUCAACUCAAUUUGCAAAGCCCAAAGACAGAAUUGGCUGCACAUACAGUUUAGCCGCUAGAAGUUUAAGAAUUGAAAGGCUACCGCUAUCCGUGCCCAAAGUCUAUAAGACGGGUGUAAUGAACGAAAAAGGGGAACUACAGUAUCCACCUGAGACGGGUGAUCUAGAAGAGGAUUCUAGGAAAAAGGCCAAGUACAAUGCUUCGCUCAGGCAUAAACCGGGAGUGGUCAACUUGUGGGACUUACUCUCAGGUCAAUACCACAGGGACCGGAAAGAAAAAAGGAAAAUGCAAAAGAAGGAGAAGAUUGAUCAAAUUAAAAGAGUGGAGUUGUUACGGCAUCAAAAGUGUUUAGAAGAACAGAGGAGACUGCAAGAAAUGCAAGCUGAAUGCCCAGUGGACCCAGAUGUUCAGCGUAUCACAUUAUUGAAUGAAAUUUUAAAUGAUCAGAAACGUGUAUUAUUGCCAAGAGAUGAAAUUAGAAUAAGAUAUUACAUUACAAAGGGUGUACCUAGAGACAUGAUUGAACCAUACGACAGCACAAUGUUCAAUAGAGCAUUAAAAACUUUUCCACCAGAAAUUAAAGAAAGGCAUAGAACAUACAUUCAUAAAACAGAGCAAGAAAUACUUGAAGAUUAUUAUAUCAGCAUUGGUAGAGCAAUAGUUGAGUACGUUCUUUUAGAUGAUGAGGAAAAGGAAAGACUAAGAAUUGAAACGUAUCCUGUUAAAUUUCCAACGAUUGUGAUCCGGCCACCUGUGCCAUGGCGUAAUUCUUUCAUAAUGGCUAAAGAAAGAAUAAGAUACAAUUUUUACUGCAGCCAUCCAGUGCUUCAAGCACUUAAGAACUUGUACACUACUAGGUAUGCUUCACUGCUAGUCAUACCACACGAAGUUUUACAGGCACAAGGCCUACCAAUGGAUCCAUUUGAGUUUGAUAAGUUUACAACUGCAUUAUGUACAAAAGCGAGAGAAAUCAUAUGUGAAAAAUGGCUUGUCGAGUGUGCUGAACUUAUUUUACAAUUGCGGAACACUUGGCAGAAUUUAGCACCGAAAUAUCAGACAGAAUCAUCAAACCUCAUUGAACGAUUUUUUUCCUGUAUAAAUGCCAUGCUGGCAAGACAGAUAAGAGAAAUAAUCAUGAAUUCAGUACAUCAUUUUUAUGACAUUCUUCUAAAAUACAAGGAUGGUAAUUCAAUUACAGAUGGUUAUUCGGAUAGCAAAUUUCCUCAUUGUCCUUUAUUGACUGUCACAUUACGCCCUGCGGAUACAAAGGGCGGUAACAUAAAUAUGUACCCAAACACAAGGGAAAUAAGAAAUCUUUUGGUAUCCAUAUUUCCAAAAAUUGUCCGUGUCACCAAGGAGCUGCCUACAUUGGAACAGUACCUGUUUCCAGAAUUACAAUCCACAUCGACAUUCUUACAAGGAGUGCAUACGUAUGAAAAAGAAUUAAUAAAAAUUAUGGAUUCAGUUACUGAGAUACACUUCGCUAACAUCCCUGGGCCAGAUCAUUACCUUGAGACUUACAAUGAGUACAGUUAUAUUUUCGCUGGGAAGGCGGACACAGAUUUACAUAAGUUUUUUCAGACUGACCCAUUCCCAAUUUUAUCAGAUUUCGCAAAAAAGAUCGAAAUGUAUGAUUCAUUAAAAGACGAGAUCAAUAAUCUAAGGAGGAAUGUCCCUUUGAAUCUUAUUAACUUGAAUUGCGGCGAAUUGAAUGACUUUAUGUGGAAGUCCAUAGAUAUAUUGAGGACAUACAUUACAGAUUAUUUCGCAGAUUUGAACAGGAAGCACAAUAAAGAGAUUGCUCAAACAUUCGAGAUGAUAGCUGCUCGAGCAAGUGAAAUGCCUGAAACUACUGCCGACUUGGUCGAGUUGAUGCAUUUUAUAACUGAUAGCAGAGAUUCAACCAUGUUUAACAUGCGUAAUAUGCUUGGAACCACCGCUGAAUAUGUUUUAUUUCUCAUGAACCAUGCUAUACUUCCUGCCGAAGACAUUUCACUGAUUGCAAAAGUUUUCAUUUGGCCUAAGGACAUGGAAGCGGUUUUGGAAAUGUGCAUGUCAAGAAUUAACUUGCAAAGAGAAAUUGUAGAAGCAGCUUUGAGGAAUAAGAGAAAUCAAUUUGAACAACUGAUGUUAGAGCACUCAAAGGCUUUAGAAAUGUACCGACGGAAAGAUCCCCCCAUUUUGACCAUGGAAGAAAUGGUAAAUAAUGCCCAAGGAAUUGAAGUUUUGGUGAAUACACUUAAUGAAGAUAAAGCAAUGGCAGAUGCCAUCAACACUGAGGAACUGCUUCUUGAUUUUGAGCUUUCUCCAUUUCUCUUGCUCGAGCAAAUGUUAACAACAAUAGAACCUUACGACAAGUUAUGGCACACGGUAUUGCAUUUCCAUGAAAAUUAUGACAAAUGGUAUUAUGGGUCAUUUAUGAGUCUUCAUGCUGAAUCAGUUUCUGAAGAAGUGGACCUGAUGUGGAGGACGCUGUACAAAUUGUCAAAAACCUUUUAUGACGUCCCAGGUUCUAAGAGAGUCGCAGAGACGGUUAGGGGGAAAGUAGACAAAUUCAGACAAUUUCUGCCUGUACUACAAGCAAUAUGUACUGAAGGUCUUAAAGAUAGACACUGGAAAACGAUAAGCGAAAUAGUUGGUGUGGAAGUUUGCCCUGAUGAAAUGUCAUCUUUAUCUGAUAUGAUUGAACUCGGACUUCUUAAACAUGCACACAAACUGGAAGAAAUCAGCGUAAACGCCUCAAGGGAAUUCGCCCUGGAAAAGAAUCUCUUAAAGAUGAAGGAAGAAUGGCAAGAUAUCACAUUCCAGUUUGAUUAUUUCAGAGGCAGUGUAAUACCAAUUUUAAAAGCUGUGGAUGAUAUUCAAGUAAUGCUCGACGACCAUAUUUUGAAGGCUCAGACGAUGAGGGGUUCACCUCAUGUUAAAGCUUUUGAGACUGAAAUGCAAGAAUGGGAAGACAAACUUUUAUCGAUGCAAGAUAUUCUAGAUGCUUGGUUGCAGGUUCAAAUUACGUGGAUGUACUUAGAACCAAUAUUUGGUUCAGAAGAUAUAAUGAGACAGAUGCCAGAGGAGGGAAGAAAUUUCAGAAAAGUGGACAGAACAUGGAAAAAUAUUAUGUUCUAUACGAAGGAAAAUCCGCUAGUUUUGACGGCAACAGAACAGCCCAACUUACUUGCAAACUUCAAAGAGUUAAAUGGUUUACUUGAACAUAUUCAAAAAGGAUUGCAUGAAUAUCUUGAUAAGAAAAGAUUAUUUUUCCCAAGAUUUUUCUUUCUAUCUAAUGAUGAGCUACUGGAAAUACUCUCAGAAACCAAGGAUCCGACUAAAGUGCAGCCCCAUUUGAAAAAGUGUUUUGAAGGGAUUUCCAAAUUGGAGUUUUCGACUGAUAGAGAUGAAAAAUAUGAGAUCACUGGAAUGAUUUCUGCUGAAGGUGAAUCUGUACCGUUUUCAAGCACGAUCAAUCCAAUGGAAGCAAAGGGUCUAGUGGAAAGAUGGCUUAUACAAGUGGAAUCUAUGAUGAUCACUUCUUUGAAAGAUAUCUGCCAAGAUGCCAUUAAGGCUUAUAGAAUUUCCGCAAGAACAGACUGGGUCAUAUCUUGGCCGGGGAUGAUAGUGUUAUGCGGGAGCAGUGUUAACUGGUCUUACGAGGUAUCGCAUGCAAUUGAACACCAAAAAUUAACGAAUUAUUUAGAAAAAAGCACAACACAAGUAGAAGACAUGGUGAAAAUUGUGAGAGGUUUUAUUUCACCUGGGUCGAGGAUUACGAUUGAAGCUUUGAUCACAUUAGACGUACAUGCUAGGGACACUGUGAGAUCAUUGAGAGAUCUCAAAGUCAAAACAAUAACUGAUUUCCAUUGGAUUUCACAGUUGCGAUAUUAUUCUCAUGAAGAAAUUGUUCAUGUUUGCAUGAUAACGACUGAUCUCGAAUACGGCUAUGAAUAUUUAGGAAACACUCCUCGUCUUGUCAUGACCCCACUGACUGAUAGAUGUUACAGGACUUUAAUGGGUGCAUUUAAAUUGAAUCUUGGAGGAGCACCCGAAGGCCCUGCUGGGACUGGAAAAACAGAAACAAGCAAAGAUCUUGCAAAAGCCGUGGCAAAACAAUGCGUGGUUUUCAAUUGCUCUGAUGGACUGGAUUACAAAGCUAUGGGGAAAUUUUUCAAAGGCCUGGCACAAUCAGGAGCUUGGGCGUGUUUUGACGAGUUUAAUCGUAUUGAUCUAGAAGUAUUGUCUGUAGUCGCACAACAAAUUCUUACAAUUCAAUUAGCCAUUAUUGCCAAGAAAAAGACAUUUAUAUUUGAAGGGACAGAGCUGACAUUAAAUCCGACUUGCAAUAUGUUUAUAACAAUGAACCCUGGUUAUGCUGGGAGGCAAGAGUUGCCCGAUAACUUAAAAGUGCUUUUCCGAACCGUAGCCAUGAUGGUGCCUGAUUAUGGGAUGAUAGGAGAAAUAUCUCUGUAUUCGAAAGGAUUUGAAAAUGCUCGAGUAUUGGCUGGAAAAAUUGUUGAUACGUAUAAACUGUGCUCUGAACAGCUUUCCACACAGCCCCAUUAUGAUUAUGGCAUGAGGGCAGUGAAGACUGUCCUUAUUGCAGCAGGUGCCUUAAAACAAAAAUACCCUAAACAAGAUGAGCAGAUUAUAAUUUUGAGAGCAUUAGUGGAUGUCAACAUGCCAAAAUUUUUAGCUCAGGAUUUGCCGCUUUUUACUGGUAUUUAUCAAGAUCUUUUCCCUGGAAUUGAACUUCCCCAGCCCGACCGCGAUGACCUUAUUAAUUCCGUAAAAGGGAGACUUGUACUCAAUAACUUACAACCGACCGAUUGGUAUGUCAUGAAAGUAAUACAGAUCUAUGAAAUGAUCCUCGUACGUCAUGGUCUUAUGAUCGUUGGUGAGCCGAUGGGUGGGAAAACCUGUGGAUACAAGAAUCUCGCAGAAGCUAUUGGAGAGUUGAGUGUAACUUCGAAAAAGACUAAAAAUCCUGAAUACCGAGUAGUUUACAUUAUUAUCAAUCCAAAAGCAAUAACUUUGGGACAGCUGUACGGUUGCUUUGACAAAGCUUCUCAUGAAUGGUCGGAUGGAGUAUUGGCAAAUACAUUCAGAGAGUUUGCUUCGAGCAGUUCAUAUGAAAGGAAGUGGAUCAUGUUCGAUGGACCUGUCGAUGCUGAUUGGAUUGAAAACAUGAACACAGUAUUAGAUGACAAUAAAAAACUAUGUCUCAUGUCUGGAGAGAUAAUUCAAAUGACAAAUAGAAUGAAUUUAAUAUUCGAGCCAGCCGAUUUAGAACAAGCUUCUCCUGCGACUGUCUCUCGAUGUGGUAUGAUAUACCUUGAGCCAAAAAUGCUUGGUUGGAGACCAUUAAUGGAAUCGUAUUUUAAUGUUCUAAAUAAAAAAUUAUUGCAAGUUCAGUUAGAAUUGGUGCAAGAGCUUAUGGAAUGGCUCGUACAACCAUGCUUGGAUUUUAUAUUCAAUCAUUGUAAAUUGGUUGUGCCAACUUCAGAAUUGCAUCUGUUUCAUAGUUUUUCACGUUUAUUUACUUGCAUGAUUCAAUUGGAUACCCAAAAUGCUAGUGGAAUAAGUACUCAUUCUUUACAAUGUCUGUUUCUCUUUUCUCUUUUAUGGGGUUUGGGAAGUAUUUUAAGUUCUGAAAGUAAAAAGGAAUUUGACCGCUUCUAUCGUAAUCUUAUUUCUGGUGCAACUCCUAACCAUCCAAAGCCUGCCAACUUUAAACUGACAAAGCAUCAGUUAUUCCCUGAGAAAGCACCUGUAUGGGAAUUCUUUUACGACCGCAAAGGUAAUGGCUCAUGGGUAUCAUGGCUGGAAACACAAGAGAGAAUAACAAUUCCAGUUAAUGCCAAGAUAAAUGAAAUUAUCGUUCAGACUGAUGAAGUAGCUAGGCAAAAGUUCUUUUUAAAACUUUUCUUGUCAAAUGACAUUCCGAUACUUUUUGUCGGUCCUACUGGAACGGGGAAAUCAUCAAUUAUUCUCGACUAUCUUGUUACUCUCCCUAAAGACAAGUAUCUGGCAAACAUGAUCAAUUUUUCAGCCAGAACAUCAGCCAAUUUAACCCAAGAUGUAAUUAUGUCGAAGCUUGAUAGGCGACGUAAGGGAGUUUUUGGACCAGCAAUGGGUAAAAUGUGUAUUCUAUUUGUUGAUGACAUGAGCAUGCCACAGAAAGAGAAAUAUGGAGCUCAACCACCAAUAGAAUUGUUACGACAGUUAAUGGACCAUGGUCAUUGGUACGACCUUAAAAACACAAACAGAAUCGAUAUUGUUGAUAUUCUGUUUUUGGGAGCGAUGGUACCGCCAGGAGGUGGGUCAAACAGUGUCACGCCAAGAUUUACAAGACAUAUGAAUAUUUUCUCCAUUGAUGCUUUUGAAGAUUCUACACUAUCUAAAAUAUUUACUUCUAUAUUGGACUGGCACUUUGCUAAAGGAUUCGAUGAAAGGAUAACAAGACUGUCAAGGCUAAUUGUUAACGCUACAUUAGGAGUUUAUAGGGAAGCCAUAGUAAACUUUUUGCCAACACCGGCCAAUUGUCACUAUAAAUUUAACUUAAGAGAUUUUUCAAAAGUAAUCAAAGGCAUUCUCCUUUUACCAAGUUCAAGGGCUUCAGGGCCAGAAAAGAUUUUGAGACUUUGGGUCCAUGAAACAUUCAGAGUCUUCGGCGACAGGCUGGUUUGCCAAGAAGACAAGGAAACUUUAUUCAACAUGAUGUCCAAAAAUUGUUAUUAUCAUAUUCGCUCUCACAUGGAUAUGUUUUUGGCUGAUUUAAUUACUGAUGAAAAGGCUUUGUCAGUCAACCAUCUUGGAGGAUUGUUUUUUGGCAAUUUUAUUGAUCCAGAUGCAGAUCCUAAAAUUUAUGAUGAGAUUCCUUCAUACACACAAUUACAAUCGCGUAUGGUGUACUACCUCAAAGACUACAAUUUGCAAAACAGGCUUGCAAUGCAUAUGGUUAUGUUUAAAUAUGCGAUUGAGCAUAUUGCUAGGAUUUCCAGGAUUCUCUUGCAGGACAAUGGUCAUCUUUUGUUAGUCGGAACAGCUGGUACCGGACGUUCUAGUUGUGUCAAACUUGCAACACACAUGGCGGAAUAUCAGUUUUCACAGAUUGAAAUAACUGGCACAUAUGCCGUUCAAGAGUGGAAAGAAGAUGUAAGAGCUCUAUUGAAAAGAGCGGGGCUUGAAGGGAAACAACAAGUAUUCCUAUUAACUGACUCACAGAUGAAAGAUGAGUCGUUUGUAGAAGACAUAAAUAUGAUUCUCAACACUGGUGAUGUACCAAACUUAUACACUGGAGAAGAAAAAGCCGAGAUUCUGGACAAGAUAACAAAUAUAAUAAGAGAAGCUAAUAAAAAAUUUGACACAAGUCCUUUAGCAUUGUUUAAUUAUUUCAUUGACUGUGUCAAGAAAAACUUACACAUCGCUCUUUCACUGUUGCCCGUCGGUGAUACAUUUAGGAACAGGGUUCGAAUGUUUCCAUCACUCAUCAAUUGCUGUUCAAUUGAUUGGUUUAACGUCUGGCCUCCAGAAGCACUAGAGCUAGUCGCACAAUCGUACUUCCACAAUUUAGACAUUUCUGACGUUAUUAAAGGCAAGUUGGUUCAAAUGUGUAAAGAAUUUCACAUCACUACAAGAAAUACAGUAGGAAAGUUUUUUGAGACAUUAAAGAGGAGAGUUUAUGUAAAUCCAAAAUCUUAUUUGGAACUGUUGAAAAUUUUUCAAAAGAUACUCCAAGUGAAAGUUGACGAAAUUACUAAUCUGAGAACGAGGUACGAGGUGGGGUUAGAAAAACUGGAUUUUGCCGCAGCACAGGUGCAAUUAAUGCAAGAGGCUCUACGCCAACUUCGGCCAGAAUUAGUCAAAACAUCCGAUGAUACUGAAAAACUAAUGGUGAAAAUUGAACAGGAUACUGUGAUAGUAGAAGCAAAGAAAGAGAUCGUUGCCGCUGAUGAAGCGUUAGCCAAUGAAGCUGCAGCGGCAGCUCAAGCCAUCAAAGAUGAUUGCGAGGGUGAUCUCGCCGAAGCGAUACCGGCCUUAGAAGCAGCUAUACAAGCGCUUAACACACUUAAACCAUCUGAUAUCACAAUAAUAAAAAGCAUGAAGAAUCCUCCAUCAGGUGUUAAAUUGGUAAUGGAGGCGGUUUGUGUGAUGAAAGGGAUUAAAAGUGAAAGAAAACCAGACCCGAGUGGUACUGGUAAAAUGAUAGAAGAUUAUUGGGGGCCAUCUUUGAAAAUGCUCGGCGACUUGAAAUUUUUGGAGGCCUUAAAAUCAUAUGACAGGGAUAAUAUAAACCCUGCUAUAAUGAAAAGAAUUAGGGAAAGGUACAUACCGGAUCGUGAUUUUGAUCCAAAUGUUGUCAAAUUGGUAUCUAAUGCUUGUGAAGGUAUGUGCAAAUGGGUGAGGGCCAUGGAAGUUUAUGACAGAGUAAACAAAAUAGUAGCGCCGAAGAAAGCAAAAUAUCUAGAAGCAGAGGAGGAACUCGGUAUUCAAAUGGGGAGAUUGAAUGAGAAAAGAGCUCAGCUUCAAAAAGUAACUGAUAACUUGCAAGCAUUGCAUGAUGAAUACAUCGCCAAGUCAAAAGCCAAGAAAGAUUUGGAGGAUGCCAUUGCUCUGUGCACACAAAAGCUAGAAAGGGCUGAAAAACUAAUUGGUGGACUUGGAGGAGAAAAAGAAAGAUGGAGUGAGACUGCAACCAAUCUCCGUUACAGUCUUAUAAAUGCGAUCGGUGAUGUUUUAUUAUCAUCUGGUGUGAUUGCUUAUUUGGGCCCUUUCACCAUUGAGUAUAGAAAUGUGCUACUGAAAGGAUGGAAUCAAACUUGCUUCCUAUUAGGCGUUCCUUGCACCAUGCCAUUUUCAAUGAUAACAACUCUUGGAGAUCAGAUUUUAAUCCGAAACUGGAAAUUGCAUGGGUUGCCGGUCGAUACGUUUUCAAUAGAAAAUGCUAUUAUAGUGAAAAAUGCAAACCGUUGGCCACUUCUGAUUGAUCCUCAAGGUCAAGCAAACAAGUGGAUUAAAAAUAUGGAAAGAGCAAACAAAAUGAUUGUUACUAAACUCUCUGAUGGCAAUUAUAUGCAUUAUGUUGAGAGAGCUGUUGAACGAGGAUAUCCUAUAUUAUUUGAAAACAUUCUUGAAACAAUUGAUGCCCCCUUAGAACCGAUAUUGCUUAAAAACAUAUUCAAACAAGGAGCUGCAUAUCAUAUAAAAGUGGGAGAGCACACUUUGCAUUAUCACAAACAUUUCCGAAUUUAUUUCACGACCAGAUUGAGAAACCCGCAUUUUCUUCCAGGAAUAUCAGCAAAGGUGACCAUUAUAAAUUUCAUGGUGACCCCCAACGGUCUCCAAGACCAACUUUUGGGAAUUGUCGUCGCAAAAGAACGCCCAGAUCUUGAAGAGAAAAAGAACAAAUUGAUCGUUGAAAGCGCAGAAAACAAACGCAACCUUAAAGACCUAGAAGAUGACAUUUUAAAAGUUCUCUCGACUGCCGAGGGCAACAUCCUUGAAAAUGAAAAUGCAAUCCAGACGCUCUCACAAUCAAAAUUUUUAUCUGAGAUGAUCCAGAAGAAACAAGACAUAGCGGCCAAAACAGAAACUGAGAUUGAUUUUGCUAGAAAUUUGUAUCUGCCAGUAUCUUUACAUUCUUCUACACUGUUUUUCUGCAUAUCUGAACUAGCUAGUAUAGAACCCAUGUAUCAGUAUUCCCUCACUUGGUUCAUUCAGCUUUAUUAUCAAGCGAUUGCAAAUAGUGAAUGUAGUGUUGAUUUAGAUGAGAGAUUAACCAACCUGAAUAACUAUUUUACUUUAAGUGUGUAUAAGAAUAUAUGUAGGUCUCUAUUUGAAAAAGAUAAACUGGCGUUUUCAUUUAUUCUGUGUGUGGGAAUUGAACGGUCUAAGGGAAAGUUGAGCGAAGAAAUGUUAUCGUUCUUUUUAACAGGUGGAAUUGGGUUGGAAAAUCCAUUCCCUAAUCCAGAUCCAUCUUGGCUAAGCGAAAAAGCUUGGUCUGAAAUAAUUAGAUCUACAAUUUUACCAGAAUUGAGAGAAUUCAGAAAAACGAUUGAAAUAAACAACGAGGAAUGGAAGGCGUUUUAUGAAUGUUUUGAUCCAAUUGCAAAAAUUCCACCAUCACCAUACCAAAAUGUAGAUGAACUCACAUGGCUGGUAAUUCUGCGUUGUCUUCGCCCAGAUAAAUUAGUUUCAGCUGUGCAAAAAUAUAUUUCCAAAAAAAUGGGUAAAAUAUUUAUUGAACCACCCCCAUUUAAUUUGAGAGAAGCGUACGAUGAUUCCACUUGCUGUACUCCACUUAUAUUUAUUUUAUCACCCGGUGCUGAUCCGAUGGCAGGCCUGUUCAAAUUUGCCGAAGAUAUGGGAAUAAAACGCACAAAUAUAUUGAUUAUAUCAUUAGGGCAAGGGCAGGGUCCGAUUGCAGCACAAGUAAUUAACAACGGCAUUAACAGUGGCAAUUGGGUUGUCCUUCAAAACUGCCAUCUUGCUGAAAGCUGGAUGCCACAAUUAGAUAAACUUUGUGAUGAAGUUAUUAUGCCACAGAAAACUAACAGGAAUUUCAGAUUGUGGUUGACCAGUUAUCCUUGUCAGUUUUUCCCAGUGAUGAUUCUUCAAAAUGGUGUUAAAUUAACAAAUGAGGCUCCAAAAGGAUUGAGAGCAAAUCUGUAUCGUUCUUAUACGAGUGAUCCGAUUUCAAACAGCAAAUUUUUCACUGGAUGUCGGGUACAGGAAACGUGGCAAAGGCUCUUAUUUUCUCUUUGCUUUUUCCAUGCCAUUGUCCAGGAGAGACGGAAAUUCGGUCCACUUGGUUGGAACAUACCGUAUGAAUUCAAUGAUUCUGACUUAAGAAUCAGUGUCAUGCAGUUACAAAUGUUCCUUAACGAGUACGAUGAAGUGCCAUUUGAAGCCAUUCAGUACCUAACCGGUGAGUGUAACUAUGGCGGUAGAGUUACAGACGAUAAAGACAGAACGCUUUUAAAUUCUCUUCUAUCGACAUUCUGCAACCCGAAUAUACUGACUGAACCAAGCUAUAGCUUUUCAAAAAGUGGUUUGUACCAUAUCCCUCAAGACACAUCACAUCAAGGGAUAUUGAAGUACAUUAAAGAAUUACCACUCGUACCACAGCCGGAGGUUUUUGGUCUUCAUGCCAAUGCAGAUAUUACCAAAGAUAACCAAGAAACUAUUGCGCUUCUUGAAACGGUGCUUCUUACUCAGCCUCAGAUUACAGCUGUAUCCGGUAUUAAGCAAUCUAGUACACUGGUACAAAAUCUUGCCAGUGAUAUACUUGGAAAAUUACCACCUCCAUUUGACAUAGUACAGAUAACGAAGAAAUUCCCUACUCUUUAUGAACAGAGCAUGAACACAGUUCUAAGACAGGUACUUUGCAUUGACUAUAAACAAUCUGUCUGUUGUCACACUAAUUAUUGUACUGUUUUGCAGGAAUUAAUCAGAUUCAAUGGUCUACUGAAACUAUUAGUCACAUCAUUGACAGAUGUUACAAAAGCCGCAAUGGGCCUUUCAGUUAUGUCGUUAGAGUUGGAAGAGGUAAACAGCAGCAUUCUUAUUGGAAAAGUGCCGGCAUGCUGGGCUGUAAAAUCCUAUCCAUCUCUCAAGCCCCUUGCUAGUUACAUCGCGGAUCUUCUGUUAAGACUGAAGUUCUUCCAGACGUGGAUUAACGAAGGGAUCCCCCGUGUUUUCUGGAUAUCGGGAUUCUUUUUCACGCAAUCCUUUCUGUCAGGAAUACUUCAGAAUUAUGCGAGAAAGAACAAAAUCUCGAUAGAUCAACUUGGAUUUCAGUUCAUGGUUACCAAGUUUGACGUCGAUAUUAAGUACGAACCGGAUUACGGAGUGUAUUGUAAGAAAAUCAUGUCAAACGAGGAGUUGAUAUCAUUUACCAAUCAAAAAUUCGCCGAAGAGGAAUUUAGUGCUUUUGUCAAUGGGUUAUUUCUUGAAGGUGCGAGAUGGAAUCGUAAAACUAUGCUUUUAGAUGAAUCCCUUCCAAAGAUUCUGUUCGACACUGUGCCGAUAAUAUGGUUUAAAUCAGGAAUUACGUCCAAGUUCACCAAUCCACCAAGUUACAGAUGUCCGCUUUACAAAACGACAGCUAGAAGGGGUGUGUUGUCGACGACAGGCCAUUCUACUAAUUUCAUCAUGUAUAUAGACUUUGCGACCAACAGGCCUGAAAAGCACUGGAUUGACAGAGGUGUCGCGAGUAUAAGCCAGCUUAACGAUUAGAGCAAUGAGACUUAUAUUUACUUAUCAGACUGAUAAUCUCUUACAAUUAAAUUUAAGCCAUUAAUCCUGUUCUAAAAAGUUAAAAAGUAGACUCUUGUUAUACAUCCUUAGAGAAAUAAACUUUUUUGAAUACGGUUUGGGAAAUAUUUAUU